CUUUUUUCACUCCAAAAUAGAAAUAAAGCUUUAGAAUUCUGCACUUUCAUCGCCGAUAAUUUCUAGUGUGGCGGGUGGGGAAGAAAUGAAGGGUCAUGAAUCAAAGAUGGCUAGAAUGGAAGAUAUAUUAAACCUACCAGUUCAAGAUCCUCCAUACACUGAAUUUUCUGCAGCUCAUAUAAAUUGGGUCAAAGUUGAAGGUGGUCGUCAAGGGGGUGAUGACAUUGCCCUAAUUCCGUUUUCCAGAGUCGAAGAUUUCGUGAAAGGAGAAUCCGGUAAUGCAGAUUGCCCAGCUAAUUUCCGUGUAGAAUCGAGAAGGAAAAGACCCGAAGGAAGUCUGAACAAACCAAGAGUCGAUGGAUAUCUCGAGUAUACACUGUAUUGGUGCUCUUAUGGUCCAGAAGACUACAGAGACAUCGAACCCCAAAUUGGAGAAAAAACGAGCACCAAACCCUCUUCGGGCAAGGGAAGUAGGCCCGGAAGAAGGCACAUGAUGCGGGGGUGUAUUUGUCAUUUCACAGUCAAACGUUUGUACACUCGCCCACAACUCGCUCUCAUCAUCUACAACCAGAGAAGCCACGUGGAUAAGAGUGGGGCCCCAUGCCAUGGCAUCCUCGACCAUGAAUCCGUGGGUACAAGAGCAAUGUACGCUCCUCGAAUAUCUGAGGAGCUUCGUCAGAAGGUGAUGUCACUGCUCCACGUUGGAAUAUCAUUGGACGCUAUUGUCCAGCACCACAUGGAGGAAGUGCAGAGGCACGGCGGGCCCCACAGCAGGGAUGAUUUUCUGACGCGUAAUGAUGUACGUAAUAUGGAGAGGCUGAUAAAGAACUCGCCUCAUGAAUUGCAUUUGGAUGAUCGGUGCAGUGUGAAAAUGUGGGUGCAGAGGCAUCAUAAGCACGUUUUUUACUUUCAGGAGAGUUGUGGUUGUGAGGGUUUUGUGUUGGGUGUCCAGACGGAUUGGCAGCUGCAGCAGAUGCUUCGUUAUGGGCAUGGUGGAUUUAUAGUUUCUCAUCUGGUUUCGGGAUCUAAGAAAUUUAAGGUGGAGUUGGUUAUAGUGUUUGGUUUCUAGUAGAAAACCACCGUCGUCGCUUGUGCCGCCGCCGCCUCCUUCGUUUUCACAUCUGCCCACCACCACCGUCCGCCUCUCUCACUCUAUCUUUCGUUCACCACCGCCGCCAUCGCUGUUGACUCCCCCUCCCUCUCUUUCGUUAAUUUUCUACCUUUAUUUAUGUAUUUUUCGAUUUCAAUCUCUCUCUCUCUCUCUCUCUCUCUCUCUCUCCUUCUCUUUUCUCCAGAUCUGAAAAUAGAGUUUCAAAUCUGUACAGUUGCAGCAACAUGACUAUAGUCAUAUUCGAAUAUGACUAUAGUCAUAUUUAUGUAUUUAGUUAGACGAAUUGAAGCGUACUCCCCCUCCCUCUCUUUCGUUAAUUUUCUCCCCAAAUCCCUCCAUCCAAAUGCACCCUAAGAGUUGGACAUAUCACUAUUUAUUACUCAUC